AUGAGUUAGAAAGCACAUGUGAAACCAAAAAAAAAAAGAAAAAAAAAAGGAAGAAACGACGAAAGAUAAGAAGCCAUACAACUUACGACUCUCUCCUUGGGCAGGAAGGAAAGGAGAGUAUGAAUGUCUGAGCUCCUCACCCGCUGAGCCGAGGAACCGCGGUGGAAUUUGACAACCAAUCCAUGGAGAACAGGAAGAAUUGCUCCAUGGAAGAGAGUUUACUGGCGAAGCAGAAGGAAACCAAUCUCUCUUCAACAACUACAGCUGUUUACUUGGAAGAGAUGAAGAGAGUUGGAUUCUUGGCCGCGCCGUUGGUCAUCGUCACUUUCUCUCAGUUUAUGUUGCAGAUUAUUACGAUGAUGAUGGUCGGUCAUCUCGGUGCUCUUGCACUCUCGAGCACCGCCAUAGCCGUUUCCAUUUCUGCAGUUACAGGCUUCAGCGUUCUCUUAGGUUUGUCCAGUGCCCUCGAAACUCUAUGCGGACAAGCUUAUGGAGCUCAGCAAUUUGAAAAAGUUGGAGUUCAGACUUACACUGCUAUCUUUUGUGUCUUCUUAAUUUGCUUUCCUCUGUCCCUAAUUUGGCUUUUCUUGGAAAAACUACUUCUAUUCGUUGGCCAAGAUCCUCUGAUUUCGCACGAAGCUGGGAAAUUCAUUGUUUGGCUGAUUCCUGGGCUCUUUGCUUCUGCAUUUCUCCAACCACUUGUGAGAUAUUUCCAGGCACAAAGCUUAGUAAUUCCCAUGGUCAUUUUCUCUUGCAUCACUCUCUUCUUCCACAUACCACUCUGUUGGUUCAUGGUGUACAAGACUGGACUUAGAAAUCUGGGAGGAGCAUUAUCUAUGAGUUUUUCAUACUGUCUCAAUGUGAUUUUGCUUGCAUUAUACAUGAAAUUCUCACCCAAGUGUGAGAAAACUCGUGGAGUUAUUUCUAUGGAGCUGUUUCAAGGAAUUCGAGACUUCUUUAGCUUGGCAGUUCCUUCUGCGGUGAUGGUUUGCCUUGAAUGGUGGUCAUUUGAGCUGAUUAUCUUACUAUCAGGGCUACUGCCGAAUCCAGAGCUUGAAACUUCAGUUUUAUCUGUCUGUCUUCAGACAAUUGCUUCCCUUUAUUCAAUAGCAUAUGGACUUGGUGCUGCAGGAAGCACAAGAGUUUCCAAUGAACUAGGUGCUGGGAAUCCACAGGCGGCUCGUCGAGCAACAAGGGUUGUUUUAUUCCUCGCCAUCUUGGAAACCUUAACAUUGAGCACAAUCCUUUUUGCCCUUCGUCACAUCUUUGGUUAUACUUUCAGCAAUGAGAAGGAUGUUGUAGCUUAUGUCGCCUCCAUGGCACCUCUGGUUUGCAUAUCCGUGCUAAUGGACGGAAUACAGGGAGUCCUUUCAGGCAUUGCUAGAGGGUGUGGAUGGCAGCACAUUGGUGCAUAUGUAAACUUCGGGUCCUUCUAUCUUUGUGGGAUUCCAGUUGCUGCCCUUCUUGGUUUCUUGGUUCAUAUGAAAGGAAGAGGUCUUUGGAUUGGCAUACAAAUGGGUGCUUUUGUGCAAGUCACGUUGCUCUCCUUCAUUACAAGUCGAAUAAAUUGGGAAGAACAGGCGAGAAUGGCCAGUGAUAGGCUUUUGAUUUCAGAGGUCAAUUACUCAGAAGGUUACUGAUUUAUAUAAAUGGAGCAAGCAGAUCUUCUAAUUAUAACGAGGAUUUGAUUUUUCUCAUCAUUUUUUGCAAGUAAAAUAUUUAAGUCUGGGAUUUUGGUCAAGGCAUUCAUGCUUUAAGGUUUAAAGUUUUGUAAGAGAAAUUAUACAACUUAUAAUAAUUUAUUAAAGUAAUUAUUACUUGAGAAAUCUUCAGGCAA